ACAAAAGAUAAAAAUCCGUAAUUACCAAAGCAUAACUAUACCCUCCUAUGUUUUUACAUGACGAACAACACGUGUGCCAGAACACGACACCAGCGGUUGAGAUGUAGAUUGCAGAACCCGCUCCGGAGUUUGGGGCUGACUCCAGUCCAGGUUUUGUGUUGGACCACACUGAUCCUGCAGCAGCAUCAUCCACACACGUAGGUCUGCUGCUGCUGCUGCUGUGCCACACACACUGGCCGUGAAUCAGCUCCGAAGUUUCACCGUUAGCAUGAACAUAAUUACUUAUAAACAUCACCAAUUAACGGGUACAGUGCAGUCACACACACACACACACACACAGGUAGCCAGUAAACAUGUCCCGAUCUCUCCGUAACUCCACUGCAUCGCCUUAAACUUAUUUUGCAAAAAAAAAAAAAAAAAAUCUUUUAAUAUAUAAGAAACGGAUGUGAGUCAAGUAUGUGUGUGGAAUUCCUGAGAAAAUAAAGUUUUUGGGAGCAGCUGAUGUAGCAGCAGCCGGUUAUUUUAUUUUAAGAAAAACAAAAAGUGAACUUCCUGUUUCGGGGUGGUCCACCGACUGUGGAGAAAGGGGGAGGGAGGAGAAGGGGGUGCGCAUUCCCGCAUUGGCUGUGCAGCCAAACUCCAAGGCGCUUUGCGGGAUUCCACACCCCGAACAUGGGGUUCAAUUUUGUCACCGUUCGACAGCCGAAAGUGACUCUGGAGCGAGAGAACGUACCGGGAAAGCGACUGUGAACGCGGGGAUAAGAAAAAAAAGUGUACGGUUUGUGCGAAGAAGAACUCGACUCAUCUCCAUCCGAGCGCGUCUGGCACAAAGUGGAGAGAAAGAGGGAGAAGAGAAAGAGGGAGAAGAGAGGCUUUACUGGAACUCAGACCGCUCUCCGUGCCUGGAUCCUCGGGACUCUUUCUUCCCAGGACUGUGGGGAUUCAGUCAGAAAGUUUAAUGCUCACUUCUCCUGCAUCGCACUGAGGUCCAGGGUGUAAGGGAGAGCAGCAGGUCUGGGAGCACAAAUGCCAGUGGACAUGCAGCCACACCAGGGGCUGUACCACUAUGAGACCUCACCCAGUCAACCCUCCAGAGGUCUACUGCCAUCAGACCAGUCUCCUUACAGCGAUGCAUCUUCUCUGCGAGUUCCACUCCUCAACGGCCCUCCCCAGGACUGUCGGUCUAUGUAUAAUCCCAUGACUCCUGGCAUGACUCAUGGAUCAGGACCAGGACAGGGGAUGGGUCACAGCAUGGAUCAAUAUAUGAGACCACCUCAGGCCCCACCGCCCCACAGUAUGAUGGGCCAUAGAGGCAUACCGCCCACGGAGAGUGGCAACAGCACCCCCUACUGUAACCAGAGCAACAUGAUGUCGUCACAUCCUAACUUCUGUCAGGUUCAGCCUGGCUCUGAACAGAUGGGUGAUGGUUCGAGGUUCUCAACACCUCGCUCCAUGCUGAAGCUGAGCAAAAAGAGAGCUCUGUCCAUCUCUCCUCUGUCUGACGCCAGCAUUGACCUGCAGACAGUGAUCCGUACGUCACCUAACUCCUUGGUGGCCUUUGUCAACGCACGUUGCAACCCCAACGGUGCCAGCUCUUAUGGCCACCUCUCAGUGAGCGCCAUGAGUCCAUCCCUGAGUUAUUCCAGCAACAUGAACUGCCAGUCUCGGCAACAGGCUGCCAUGUACAGUGGAGGUGUGGGGACACCUAUGGGUGGACAUACGCCAGGUCCUUGCCAAGCUUCACGCUUACCUCCACACAACCCUAGGCUCCUUGCUCCACCCAAGCAUGGACAUCUGAAAACAGAACCAGGGCUGGGCAGUGUGAUGGACGGCAUGAAUAUAAAGACUCUGGAGGAGAGGUCAGAAGGAGAUGUGGCGAGUCCUUCCUCCACUGGAACACAGGACCCUCUUUUGGGUCUCUUGGACGGCAGAGACGACCUGGACAAAGAGGAUGGCAAACAAGAGCAGGAGGCUGUCUACGAAACAAACUGUCACUGGGAAAACUGCAACAAGGAGUUUGACACGCAAGACCAGCUGGUUCAUCAUAUCAACAAUGAGCACAUCCACGGAGAGAAGAAGGAGUUUGUGUGUCACUGGCAGGAGUGCUCUCGAGAGCAGAGGCCCUUCAAAGCCCAGUACAUGCUAGUGGUUCAUAUGCGAAGACACACAGGAGAAAAACCACACAAGUGCACAUUUGAAGGCUGUAACAAAGCAUACUCACGCCUUGAGAACCUAAAGACCCACUUGCGCUCUCACACCGGGGAGAAACCAUACGUGUGUGAACACGAAGGCUGCAACAAGGCUUUCUCUAACGCUUCAGACCGCGCCAAGCAUCAGAACCGAACACACUCCAAUGAGAAACCGUAUGUCUGCAAGAUUCCGGGCUGCACAAAAAGGUACACAGAUCCAAGCUCUCUGCGCAAGCAUGUAAAGACAGUGCAUGGCCCUGAAGCGCACAUCACUAAAAAGCACCGGGGAGACACAGGACCUCGACCUCCAGGGUCAGCAGUGACGGCUGGAGGCCAAAACUCAGAGCUGCUGGUAGAGAAAGAGGAGACACGGCGAGAGGACUGUAAGCUCUUGGCUCCUGAGACCGCUCUGAAAUCGCAACCAAGUCCUGGUGGUCAGUCAUCUUGCAGCAGCGAACGUUCUCCACUCGGUAGUGCUAACAACAAUGACAGUGGAGUGGAGAUGAACCUAAAUGCAACAGGCAGCUUAGAGGAUCUCACAGCACUGGAGGAUGGAGGUAGCGGAGGUGGAGGAGAACCAGGAAGUUUAGUAGGAGCAAUGGGAAUGUCAGCACAGGCACUAAAAAGGUUGGAGAAUCUCAAGAUUGACAAGCUAAAGCAAAUCCGACGACCAACACCCCCAGGGCGAUGUGCCAGCAACAAGCUGCCAGCACUCUCUGGCACAGGAGACAAUGCAGGAAUGUGUGCCCCUUCUCCACUGCUUUCAAACCGACGCGUCAUGGAGUUGUCUAACCAUGAGUUAGGAGGUGGAUCGAAUAUCGGCUGCUCCACUAAUGACAGGAGAGGAAGUGGGACCAGCAGCUUAAGCUCUGCGUAUACCGUCAGCCGUCGCUCUUCAAUGGUGUCUCCUUACCUGUCCAGCAGGCGCUCCAGUGAUGUCUCACAAAUGGGAGGAACGGGAGGAGGCCAGUGUCACCUUCUUGGCCCUGAUCAGAGUAGUGGAGAUGCUCUCUCUCCUGAGACCAAUCGGAGAGGGGCUCCCUGUCCUGGUGGUGGAGGUUUGCCAGGACUUCCAAAUUUAACACCUGCUCAACAAUACAGCCUAAAGGCAAAAUAUGCUGCAGCAACUGGUGGGCCACCACCUACUCCAUUACCAAACAUGGAGCAACCAGGAACUCCAGGGAGAAGAGGAGGAAUUUUGAGUGAGUACCAGGGUCAGCCACUGCCUCCUUUUAUUCAACAAGGCGGUCCACGUAGACACAGUGCCAACACCGAGUAUGGCACAGGUGUUAUCUUUCCUCACCAGGCUCCAGGUAACAACAGCAGGCGAGCCAGCGACCCUGUUCGGUCUGCAGCAGAUCCACAAGCUCUCCCGAAGCGCUAUAACAGCCUUAACAAUGUGUCGCUAAUGAGCAGAAGAAACGCUCUGCAACAUCGUGGUUCUGACACAAGUCUUUCUCGCCACAUGUAUUCCCCUCGCCCUCCCAGCAUCACUGAAAAUGUAAUGAUGGAAUCCAUGGGUAUGGAGGCCCACCAUGGCCCUACUGACAGCAGGGGUCGUGCCAUGAUGAUGCCCCCUGGUGAAAGGAGCUUUAUGGGAUACCAGCAACAGCAUCAAAGCCUUGGAGGAGUUGGAAGUGGAGGCCCUCCUCUGAACCAAUUGUCACCAGGCCAUGACUCUUUGGGCUGUCUGGACCAGGGCUACAUGCAAGGGCACUACCGCAAUCAGGCAAGAGAAGUCUCCUCUAGAGGUGGUGGAAGCCAUCCAGAAGGCACUUCCAACACACUUCUCCAGCAGGCUGAGUACAGUAUGAGCACUUGCCAGCUCAGUCCUUCACGUCCUCCAUAUCCCAGCAUAGGUCAGAGUAGUGACACAGGAACUCCAUGGAAUGAUCCACACGGCCAUGUUCAGACAUCUAACCCUGCUCUCCAGAACCAGCAAGCAAUACACUAUUCGGAACCCGCCCUUCAGCCUCAGCAAGCACAAGCUCAAUUCAGUAACCAGACUGCUCUCUAUAACAGUCCUGAUGGAACCCACAAACUAACCAUCAAACCUGAACAACAAUUCCACUCUGGCAUGGGGGGAAAAGAUUCUUGUCAAAAUCCCAAACUUCAACAGCAGCAGAUGCUCCUCCAGCAGAAUCAGGCUUACCCACAGCAAACAGGCCAGGUCAUGAUGAGGAAUUCCAACAAUCCUGUUUGCGACUUUCAAGGUCAGAACCAAAACUCUUACCAAAACAGAGGUGGUAUGAGUUUGGGUUGCGCUGGAACUGCUCUGACAGAUGUGCAGAGAUCGGAAACCCCGAUGAUGCAGGUGAAGGAGAUGAUGGUCAGGAACUAUGUGCAGUCCCAGCAAGCACUCAUGUGGGAGCAGCAGCAGCAAGAACAGCAGCAACAUUUGCAGCAGAGUGGGAUCAAAGCUCCUCCUCUCUCUGACAGUAUAGACAUGAAUGGCCAAACAGCAAUGCAGCUCAGUCCACAGCACCAAAACCAGAACAUGUAUUCCAACCAGUCCUAUCAUUCCUACACCAACCAGAACCUGGUUAUGAGUCCUCCAGCCCACAGCCAAGGGUCAACCUCUGUGACAUGUAAGGACCAACAGCUGACUGGACUAUCGGGUUCUUGCUACAACCAGGACAUGGUGGUACCAAGACCUCCACAAGGAAGAAAACCUCUCAGUCGCCAGAACAGCCUGUCCCAGGUAGGAGGAAGUUACCUGGGCAGCCCACCUCACCUCAGCCCUGUACACUCUACUUCCAGCCCCAGACGAGGGGUCAGACUUCCUCCAGUCCAGCAUCCACAGCACCCGCAAAAUGAAAUGCUCUCCCCUUCAAAUAAUAACAACAUUUACUACUCAGGUCAGAUCAACAUGGAAAUCGGAAAACACAUCGACCCCCAAAAUGGGCCAUGUAUCAACCAGCAGCAUAACAUGGUGUCCAACAUAGGUCCCACUGGUGGAAUCAGAUCUGCUCCCUUGGUACCCUAUGCAGAGUCUGGACCUAUCUCCAAUGAUUUGGAAAACCUUGACCUGGACAAUACUCGGAUAGACUUUACCUCCAUCAUUGAUGAUGCUGAGUCCUCCUCCUUCAGCCCAGUCAACAAUCGUCAGCCAGGAUCUGUCUCGCAGGCUUCAUCUCGCCUCACUACCCCUCAGACUUCUGUCAGCCUGGCUGCAGGCUCCAGUUUGACAAACAUGGCUGUUGGGGACAUGACAUCAAUGUUGACCUCAUUGGCUGGGGAGAAUAAGUACCUGAACACACUGUCUUAGAAGAAGAUUUUCAUAUAGAGUAGCAGACAUUACAACUAACAACCAAACGGAGGCCUUAGCAUGGUAUGAAUUUAGAAAACCUUUUCUCUUGUACAGUUGGUAAAAGGUGAGAGACUUUGACUACGGAAAGUAUGUAAAGGAUUGUGUUGUCCAUCUCCAAUGAACUGAAUACAUACCUAACAUACCUUUAUCUGCCAGGAGGCUGAAUUAGCCAUGUUGUCACUGUGUACUUAAGUGUACUAUGUCUUGUGUUUUUCAUUGGUUCCGGGCUGAGACCAAGUUACUGUGAUGUGGUGCCAUCGUGGACAUCCAAUAUAUAUAUUUUUUAAUUAUUCUCACCUUCAACCUUUAAACCAAAGGUGCCUAAUCAGUUUACUUCUUUCUUGCUGUAUUUCUCUGCCUCGGUACUUGGUCCUUUUUAUGCCUGAUACGAAAUGAAUGCGGAAUGUUUUUCAAACAGGCAUUCCAGUCACAUAGCCCCGUGGCAAUGUAAAUAGGUUUUAUAUACACAUUUACAUGUUGUUAAUACAAGCAUGAGACUUUGGGGGAGCGCGGUCAUCCUCUGUGUCGUGAUAAUUUGCUUGGAUGCUGAAGGCCAAUGUUCACAUGGGAGUUCGUGAUGGUAUUUUAACGACGUGAUUUCAGUGAAUAAAAGUUACUCCACGGUGCUAGUAAAUAUUAAUCUGGAUUGCUAGACACCUCUAAUCAUACUCUGUACAAGUAGCAUAUCAGUAUUUCCAUAGACACACAUAGUAUUUUCACACAUGCACAAAAGCCGAUGCAGACACUCAGGUCUUUGAAUCUUUGGUGUUUAAAUUGUGUUUUUAUUUACUUUCCACAUAGAGAGUUUGCACUCCACAUGUUUACUGUACGAGUUCCCGAAGCAGCUGUGUACAUUUCUUUAGCCGUGUUUAUAGAACAGAAAAACACAACGUGCCUUUGCUUUACUAAGGUACAUACAAGAGGGAUAAUGUGUAUAACAGUCCCCUCCACAUCGCAUUGUUUGACAUAUUCAAACAUUCAGCCUUUCCAAAACAUUAUCCAGACCUAUGACUCGUACAUGACUCAGCUGAGGAUGACGGCUUUUUUUGUUUUCAACAAAACCCGAGUCAGCGUUCAUGUAUUUGAUAUCAGAUAUAUCGGUAACAGUUGCCUCUGUCUCUGAAACUGGGGUACAUACAGUGCUGCUUCGCAUUGGCUCGAAACCCAAAGAGAAAGUAAAAUCCAAAUCUUAAAUCGAGGAUUUGAGAUAAAGAGCGUUUCAUUUUACCAAUUUCUACCACUGCAGUGAGAGACCUAAUUUUGUGGGCACUCUGAGGUACCUUUGUGUAACUGUUGAGCUGUAGUUUAUAUUUAAAAAAAAAAAACACAUUGCAGCUCCUGGCAGCAGAACUAAUUUUACACUGUGGCUUUGCACUGACUACAGCGCUGUGUGGAAAGGUCUCUGUCUGACACAUGAACCUCGUUUUUAAAGGAUUAUCACAGUAUUUUUGGAUUGACGAACCUGUACAAGCACAAACAGACUCAAUGAGGCCACAGGAAAAUACAACUGCAGCAUUUCACACGACUGUAGUAUCAGCUUCAAGUGUUAUCACAAGAAUAACCUUCAUUUAUUAAUUUUGGUACAGUAUACAAACUACCAAAGACACCUUAAAAAUGAAAAUAAUGCACAAAUAGUCUAUUUUAACACAACACUAACAUUAGCAAUAAGCAACACUGACAGAUAGUGGUGUUUUUUUAGAAUGUACGAGAUGUUUUGUAUAAAUCUAUCUUUUAUAUUAAUGAACUUUAUGGAUUUUUUUUCCUUUCGUGUGUGUGAGAGUGAGAGAGAGCGAGAGAGAGAGAGUUUUAUGUGUGCCCCUGUGUGUUUGUAACUGUCAUUCGUCAUUUUGACUUUUUUGCUGGCAAAAGAAUAUCACCUUUAGCAACGGAAAGAUAUGAUAGUAGCAUUAACUAUAAUAGACUCAAGCCAAGUGAUAUAUUUUGUGUACAAUUUUCUACAUUUUUAUUCAAAUGUGCUAUAUUUUACCAGUUCAUGAAUAAACAUGUUUGGGAUGGAUGCAGAAUUGUUGUUUUUUUCUGGCUGUUUACCAAACAAAUCAAAUGUCUUGUUAAAAAUAAUUUUAAUUAAGAUAAGAAUUAUUUCCAAAACUGUUUAAAUGACUAAGGCUGUCAGUUAUAACGACAAUAAUUUAUUGAAGCUAAUUGUUCACCUGUGGGAUAUGUGGACUGCCAUCUCGUCAAUCGUAAAUUCAGAAACAAGUCAAGUACCGCAGCAGUAACGUUUGGACGUCAUUAAUCUUUACAUAUAUUAUUUUUUAAACACAAAUUCUGCUUUAAAAACAACCUGCAAUACUUUUAAAAAACGACUAUUGUUGACAUUAACUGUAAGUGCUGUCCGAGUUAUCAACACAAUUGAAGUAAGUCAAUGUGCUAACUUAGGAAACUCACAUAAAAACACGUGCUAGUUUUACUCACACUGAACAAGUUUUUAACAUAACGUGUGUCAACAGGUACACCGCCCAAAAUUUGUCAAAAAGUGUUCAAAAUACACUCAGAAACAACGGCAAUUCCAAAUACCUUAUACUGCAUCUUUAUCGCUGCUGGGUAGCAUCUGUGAUUGUAUGGUAGGUAAAUGCAGUUCCGAAUUUCCCCCACUAGAGGGAAGUACCGCCCGAGAACAAGCAGUGAUUGUCUGCAGGAGUCGUAUCAUUCACAUUCACAACAGUGCCACUUCCUCGUCGUGAACGGUCCCCCACUCCGUGUGUUAUCUGUUUUGCAGUAAAUACAUAUUAAGCACAAUACAUUUUAAAAAAGAAAUGGAGAUAAUAAUGAGAUUUAAAAUGGAUGGGAGAAAAAAAGUCGCAUCAAUUUGUGACUUUACGUGAUCCAUUGGGGCGGAAGUGAGCGUUAAGUAAUGCUACACACACCCUUCCAGACUAAAAAAUGAACAAGAAAAAUAAAAAUAAAAGUCCUUAUUCCUUUUAAUGCUUGAAUCUUACUGGUACGUUUGAAUAAAGUCAUGUGACUCAAGCCUCAAGUGAAACUUAGUUUCACAUGUGCAGCAGAGUAGUCUGCAGGCAAACAUUUUAAUUACUUGAUGCAUAUUUAAGUGCACCCACAGUUAAGAGGCCGAACAUAUAGCUGUUUUGCAGUCUUUUUUUUUUCUUCUUUUCCUAACAUGGCACCAUUGCUAUUACUUUUUACUGUGUUGGCUCAUUUUGAGUUCAGAGGCCCCAGGGUGCUUAGAUUAUAUUGGCAUUUUGGUGUUGUGGCAUGGCACAGCAGAGUCACAGGAGCCACUACAGUCUGGCAGUGAUGUCAAAAGUUGACUCAUUCGCUCCAAGUCAUGGGGACAUUCUCCUGAUAGACUACUGUAAUCAUCUGAAGUCUGAAGCCCAAUCUGUUUGGGGGAAAAAAAUAAAAAAUA